UGAAAAAGCCAGGAUAAGCCACCAAUAAGUGUUUUGGGACCAUUUGGGGGGAGGAAAACUAGCUGUAAAGCCAAUCCGCUAGUAUGCAGGGGUCCACUGUGCAGGUGCAUCUCACGAAAUUCGGAUAUAUUCCGUCUCGUUGAUAGAGAUGACAUUGACGUGACAGCAAAUUGUGCAACAGAAGCCUGCAGAUGACGCGAUGUGAUUUAUUAGCUGGGAAAUGCAAACGGGGCGUAGCCUGAAGCCUCGCGCAUUGGAGGACAAUAAAUCACAUGUAGAGUCAUUCGCAAAUUAAUGACAUCAAUGUAUUCUCAUUUCUUGGGAUGUACCCGUGGCCUGAACUUGAAUAAUGGUGUUUAUUGUCAUAAUGUCAGGUUACUUGUGCCUUCUGCCAUCUCGUGGAAGAGCGUUGGCCGGUUCUGCCUUUCACGAAACGUCACUGGCAUAGAUAGCAGCACAAGAAGGACGCGUGAUUUACAGGGAACACUUUCCCGAUCAAUUCGGCAAAAUUGGAUAAUUUCCCACGGCACACUGAACAAUUUCUGCACCGGCGCUGGAGCGGCCUUCCGUGCAGAUUCCCCGCUUUGUGAUAUGGGCGAUAGGGGCGCCAUUCUGUGGGGGUGGCGCACGUUGAUACUUGUGCGGUGACGGCAGACUCAUUUCUCGUGUGAUUUUAUUUUUUUCUCGAGAAAAUACUUCAAAAGCAGUAAGAGUUGUUGGGGGUUUCAUAAAAAUGUCGCUCAGCUAACUCAACAAGUUGACUGAGUUUGAUGCCCUGGAAAAACUGUGAUGCAAUGAACAAAACAAAGUCCUUUGAAUUGAAUUCAUUCGAAAAUGUGUUCAAAUAACACAUAUGAAUGGAUUAUUUCCAAGACAAAGUGCAGAAAAUGGCAUCCGUUUGCCACAUUUCAAUCAUGUGCCACCAAAAAUCAAGUACAUUAUUUCAUUUCAUUGAAGCGUUGAUUGUUUUGCAGAAGACGUUCUGGCUGAACGUACAGGUUUGUACGUUUUUUGUUGGUUGCUGGCGCCCUCUCCCGGAAGGCAGUGGUCAUAGCGGGUCGUGUCGUUGUACAGUGCACAAUGUAACGAAGUCUACUUAGACGCAGCCCACUCAGCAGGGGGCGAUGUUGUCUAGCCAAUUUCAAGGCGCUGGAGCCUGUCCCAGGUGACUUCGGGCGAAAGGGGGACUACGCCCUGAACUGGUCGCCGGUCAGUCGCAGGGCACCACUACGCCAUCAGUGGCCCCGAUGUUGUCUAAGCGGGCGUAAUUGUGCUUCCUGGUUAGGGUGCAACAAAUUCAGCCUCCCGUUGUUUGGGUCAGGCCGGAUAAAUGCAAGUCCUCAUGGGGACGAUUUAUCAAGCGCUGGCCAGCACAAGGUGAGUUUGUUAUUGUUCCAGUUUGUCCCAAAGCGCGAAGGACACGGGGACUGAAACGGAGAGAGGGGAGGAGGGGGGCAUUCGCCAGGGUAGAAACAAGGUCGGCAUAAAAGCGCGCGCGAGUCAGAGCCCGAAAGAAGUCGGGUGCGGCGGGAAGUCGAGAGCUUGACAGAUGGUGACGGAGACGGUAACUGAAGAUGGCGGAGAAAGAGGAGCAGCCUGAGAAGAGUUUGCAAGCCGUCGCCGUCAUUGUGCUGUGCUGUGCCCUGGUCAAGAUGUUGCACCUUUUGGGGGUCCUCUCUGCGGACGACAAUGCCGACGACGACCUGGAGAUGACCCUGGUGUGCCACCGACCCGAGGGCCUCGAUCAGCUGCAGGCUCAGACCAACUUCACCAAACGAGAACUCCAAGUGCUGUACAGGGGCUUCAAGAACGAGUGUCCAAGUGGAAUUGUCAAUGAGGAAACGUUCAAGCAAAUUUACUCCCAGUUUUUCCCGCACGGAGACGCCAGCACCUACGCGCACUACCUGUUUAACGCCUUUGACGCGGCGCAAUCGGGCACCAUAAAGUUCGAGGACUUCGUAACAGCUCUGUCCAUCCUGCUGAGGGGCUCCAUCACAGAGAAGCUCCAGUGGACCUUCAACCUCUACGACAUCAACCGAGACGGAUACGUCAACAAAGAGGAGAUGACGGACAUUGUCAGAGCCAUUUAUGACAUGAUGGGCAAGUACACUUACCCCGCCUUGAAAACCGACGCACACAAGCAGCACGUGGAUGCCUUCUUUCAGAAAAUGGACAAAAACAGAGACGGUGUGGUCACCAUUGACGAAUUCAUCUAUUCUUGUCAAGAGGAUGAAAACAUCAUGAGGUCUCUUCAACUGUUUGAAAAUGUCAUCUAGACGUCAUCGUGCGAGUGAGGGCCCCGGAGAAGAAAACGAAAAAGCAGACUUUCAAAACACGUGACUCGCCGACUGUCUCGAAACUAUUUGGACGCAGCGUCGUCGCCGGUUCUGCGAAACGUCCCGCAGACUUUGGCUGACUUUGCUUGUUCCCGUUUCUUUGUCGUGAAGCGUGCAUUUUGUGUAAAUAAUCGUGUCUCUGACUUUUGCUUGCGCGCACAAGUGGCGGAAAAUGACGGUGCGCUUUGUGAAGCUCCUUGUCGGUCCUACAAAAACCAAAACGAGAGCAAUAUUGCAAUGCAUGCAAGGAGGCGGAUCCAUUGUCGCACUCUGAGGGGUCAAGGUUCACCCCAUUUCAGGAGACGGCAUCUGGUGAGCAAGUUUGUGUCCCGCUGGUGUCUGUUAGAGUCUCAACGUUGUGACAAUAUUGAAUUCAGUGUUCUAUUUGUUGUUUCUGCGUGCGUAAGGCGCCAUGGCUCCCGCUUUGUGUCUUUCCGUCUCCGAGUGGGAAUUGUAAUCCGUGCGUUUGCGCUUAUUUGGCCCGUCGUGGGGAGGACAUGAACUUUGGGGCUUUUACCGAGCGCGCGCAAACCCGAGAACGUGCAUGCGUGUCCUGAUGUGAACUUUUGGUUUGCCUGAAUAUUAAAACCACAUUUGUUGGCGCAUGUAUGUAUGUUCAUAUUAUGUGCGUCGUGCGUGACAAGGAAGAACCUUUUCGAUUGGACUUUGCGACAUCGUUGACCCAAACUUUCACUGUGAGGGCGUUCAAAAAAGGGACUUUUGGAGCAAAAAGAUCAGACUGCUUUGUUAUUUCAGAAGCCAUUUUGUUUCAGGACUUCAUUUGAACGCCCGCUGGAUGUUUUAUCACAGUUGGCCGUGAAUCGGAUAUCAAACCAAAAUCGGGAACUGGACUUUCCAGCAACAAUACUACGCUUACAUUUCACUGCAUCAUAAUCCAGACACAGAAUGAUGCUAAGGGCUUAUUAUUAUGAUUAUUUUUUGUAUCAUUUGAAAAACCAAGCUUUGACCAUGUGCAGUUCCGUCCAAACUUCACUUGGAUUCUCUUUUUUUCGUUUUUUAAAUGGUCUGCUAUAUAUAUAUAUAUAUAUAUAUAUAUAUAUGAUAUGAUAUAUAUAUCCUUGUUAUGAACUCCCAGAUGACUCCAUUUUCCCAGUUAAGGAUGUUUAAUGCCAGAAGAGUUGCUACGGCAGCGCUGGACGGCAGCUGGAGAGUGUCUGGCGGCCCCGACAUUAUUCCCUCCUUUUUCCCCAUCUCGGUCUUCUCCCUCGCAGUUUAACGAUGCCUCGGUACUUUUCCUAUGUGCGACUCAAUGAUCAUAACCGGUUUGAUCUAAUAUGAGCGAGCAUCGGGCGCAAUAGCUCGAGGAGUUCAAGGCCGUAGCGGUGAACAGCUUAGAGCAGUUAACAAGUAACGCCUGGAUCAGAAAUGAGGUCUUUCCCGAUUGCACUACGCCAGACGACUGGCGUCGGAUCUCGCCGUAUCUCGGGCAGACGCUGGCAACACGACGCGACGUGUAUUACCAUAGCACCCCAUCCCGUUUUUUACGAUCACCGGGCUUUAGCUUGUCAAAUCAAACGCUGUCGGAGAGGCGGAACCAGAAAACGUGUCGCCCGUCAACGCGACCGGAUACCCUCGUUAUCACGGCGACGACGACGACGUGCCGCUCUAAUAUAUUGCGCGGGGGGAAAAGAACAAAAAGAGGAAAAACGCGUGGCGUUCGUCACCGGUGCUCGGGAGAGGACGUUCAUUCGAGGAUUGCUUGAGGUCUGUUCACGUACUUUUAAUAGGAUACAGCUCGCAAGCAGGCAACAGAACGUUAUGUAGCCUCGCAAGCUAGCGAUAGCACUAACGGUUGUACGUCAACAUGGCGGCGUUCUGUCGAAUCGUGCUCUAAAGCUUCGGUAAACAAUAAAUGUUGACAACGGCGUGCAAGUAUGUUGAUAACGGCAAGCACGGGAGGCGAGGCGGCGGUCACAAUACGCAAUCCUCUUGGUCAGUGUCAAGGUGCGCUGUCGGAGAGUUGUCGUUGAGCCGUCACACGACACGCAAGAUAUCCCCCAAAAUCAAACGCGCUCGACUUUUCUUUUUGCCGUCGUAGGGCCAAAUCGUCGGUCGUGGAUUAUGUCACGCUUCAAGUUGCCGACAAAAUACGUCGGGCCCGAUCUGGGAAAUCGGACGCGAUGGCUCAUCGG